UACGUAAAUCAGCGUCAGAUUUUACAGAACUUUGAUGGUCGUAUGACCGUAUCAUUUGUCCCUGGCGGAAGCUAUGCACGUGGAAAUCUAUUUGGCUUGAUGACCAGCUUGAACUUUACACGAUAAUCAAUCUCAAUUAAGUAUCCGUUCCCAUCACGAACACCUCACCUGAAAAUUGUGAGAACGACAGGGAGUAUUUGUUGUUGGCAUUUUCAUUAAUCACCUCUUGAAUCAGGCCCUUUUCUUCUAGAUUGCAGCAGCAGGGCGGAUUGGGCAUGGAGGAAAGCAGCUCAAAUAAUACACAGUGCAGAGGAGAAAAAGAAGGGCAGGCCCAACGCUCAAAGGGACUCCAUCUCUUGCUGCGCUUAAGCCGUUGUUAUCCCGCUCGGUGGAACGAGGCUUCCUUGAAAAAACUUCUUCGAGAUUUAGCGAUUGCCGAGGUGUCAUGCUCUCAAGAGAAUGCACAUGGAGUGAUGGAGGAGAUUGAGGAGGAGUUGUUAUUUCCUCUUGCUGAAAUUUGUGUCACGCAACAUGAGAAGCUGAUUUCAUUUCAGGCAACUAUGUCUGAGAAAGAGCAGAAAUAUGUUUCAACAAUUUUCUCUCUCCAGGAGGAAAAAAAUGAAAUCAAACAAGGUUUGGCGAGACAAAACAUGUUUGUGGAAACAUUAUUGCAGGACUUUGACGAGAUGGGUAAAGCUAUGGAUUAUUGUAGGCAUAAGCAAAGGCACCUGGAACAACUUCUGGAGGAAAAGGAAUCAAAUCUACAACAUUUGAUAUCAGAAAAGAAGGAUUUGAUCAAUAAAUUUGUCACCCUAGGCUAUCAUGCAGUUUUUGAAUGGGCUAAGCGAGAGGGUAAGUUUCAGAAUUCAGUGGAAGUUGGACCUUCUAGAUGUAAUUCUUUAGAAUGUGAGAAUGGAUCUAUACAAAACAAUAAUACACAGGGUCCCAUUCCAAAAACUUGUGUAGCCAUACAUGAUAUUACUAAGAUUAUCAAUGGUGAUGAAGAAAACAUUUUAAAAAGGCUAGCCUUAUGUCAAGAGAAGAGACCUAAUUUAGUUGUUGUCACAUUGAAUGGAAUAAUAGAGGAAGGACUGUCAAGUUUAUCUUUAGUAGUGGACAGUGGUGUCUUUGCAUUGCCUUCUGCUGUUGUCUAUUUCUGGAUUGGUGUAACUGGCCGCAUGGUUCGUUAUGUUUCAGAUACUGUUAUUAACAAUGUGAAGAGAUCAUCUAUUGGCUUGUGUUUGGGCACUUAGAAUUGCAUGAUCAUCCGGUAGAUCAUAAACUGUACAGAUUCCUAUGCUGUCGUAGAAUUGGAUAACUUUGAAAUUCAUGAUCCAGAAUUUUGAAGAGAAACUUCCUGAUUCAGAAAAGGUUGUGAAACUUUUGAAUGCCACUCAAUAGAUUGCAAAGUGCAUCUAAAGAUACGACUAUGCUCUGGGUUGUAUUUCAAUUUGUCACGGUAUUGUGUAAUGGAUGUAAAACUUUAACCAGCACCCAAUAAGACAAAACAGUUGGAAACUUGUCCUUGUCAGAGAAGAGAUUCGGAAUGAUCUGUCAGAGAAGAUACUUGGAUUAAUCUGUCAGAUUGAGAAGAGUAUUGGAAUAUGACUUAGAAAGUUCCCUUGGUGAACACUGUUAUCUCUUCACUAUUUUCUGUUGUUUCCCUUGUCUGAAUUAUUGUAGUUAGUCACGUUGUUCAUAAAAUAUGUUUAAAUUGUUAUUUCAAA